CCACUCUGAAUGUUGCAAGAGGUGAGGGGAAGAUCCGGAGACAGUUGCAAAGUGCAUAGAGGAAAGUAACUAGAACAAUUUUAUUUUAGUACAUUACAAUGUAUUAGAUGUAGGGUCUUUUGUGGAGGGAAAGCUGAGACAAUAAUUUUGGAAAGCCUCAGGAUUUACUUUCUGUCUGGCUCCUUUUGGAGGGGAGAGGGGAUCCUUAAGUGGUCCCAAGAACUCAAGAUCCCUCAUUACCAGGGGACAAGACAGAGCCCCUCCCAUUCUAGAUCACGGGGACCCUUUUCCCAGCCCUAGUUGGAUCUGGUUGGAGAAAAAGCAGCAGUGAUUGCCUCUUCCUCUUUCAAGGGGCUUCGACUACGAGAUCCUUAGAAAAGGGAUCCACUGCUGUUUUUUAAAUAAAAAAAAAAGAACAUUUAUUUUCAAGCUGCCUUUCUUCGUCUUGGAGGACGAUCUCCUCAGCUUCGCGGGGAGCUAGUGACUUUAUAUUGGGGGAAAAAAUAUUUUCCUGCUACUCAGAGGCUUCCGGGCUUGAGAACAGUCUCUCCUUACUCUUUGGGAAAUCUCUUUGGAUACAAGAAGACCUUCCGAUUAUCAUCAUUUAUUUUGUCCUUCCCUUCUCCGAAUCCCCACAAGGAAUUACUUCUUCUUCUUGCCCAUCUUCCUGUGAGAUCGUGCUGAGAACUGGUUGGCAGCUAAAUUUGGAGCGGGGCAGGAGGGAGCAUCGCCUGCCUUCUGGAGGUUUAUUUCAAGGCUGGUGGAAGAAGACACCACCACCGCCACCCCGAAAACCCUCCAAGCCUUUUCCCCAGUUGAGCAUCUAAUCAGGGGGAUCUUCACGCUCGGGCUCCAAUCCGGCUGCAGCUGUUUCCACGGUUUUCCCUUCUUGUCGUUUUUAAUUCGAAUUCCCCUCCUCCUCCUCCUCCCGGCACCGUCGAGGGAGAAAAAAGGGGGCAUCUCACCAGGGCGCGCCUCCGGAUUUUGCGGCUCUUCUCGCCAUGGCCCGUCCAGCGGCCCAGGUUAGCCCCACCGCCAGCCCCAUGCUCUCCUCGCCGCCUUUGGGACUGGGCAGCCCGAGUUCGGCCAUGGUCAGUCUCAAGAGCCUCCUGCAGGGACCGGUCAAGAGUCCCGACCGCCGGGGCCCCAACAAGGACCUCGGCUCAUGUGUUAUCAAGGACAAGGAACGUAAGAUGGAGGAUGACCUGAGCAUUUCACGACCCGGGCAUUGUGCCUACUUGGGCUCCCUCCUGUGGGAGCGCACCCUGCCCUACAAUGAGAUUGAAUAUGUUGACUUGGAUGAGUUUUUGCUGGAAAACGGCUUGCCUCCAAGCCCAGCCCAUCAGUCCUUCUCACCGGGUAGCCAAACCACUGCCUCACCUUCCAGUGGGGUUGUGGUGGACCUUAGCCGCCCGGCCUCUUGUGCAUCAUCGUCUUCCGUCUGCUCCUCAUCUGGCGAAGGCCUGCUGGGUAGCGAUUAUGACCACCACUGCAGCAAGACAGGUCCCAUCACGCCCGUGUCCCGCAGUACGCCCAGCCCUGUGGACCCCGAGGCUGUGGAGGUUCUCAUGAACUUUGACCCAGACCCUGCUGACUUGGCGCUCUCCAGCAUUCCAGGACACGAGACCUUUGACCCCCGCAAGCAUCGGUUCUCCGAGGAGGAGCUCAAACCGCAGCCCAUCAUGAAAAAGGCCCGAAAAAUACAGGUGCCGGAUGAGCAGAAGGAUGAGAAAUAUUGGAACAGGCGGUACAAGAACAAUGAGGCAGCUAAACGCUCCCGGGAUGCCCGCCGCCUGAAGGAGAACCAGAUAACUGUUCGAGCGGCCUUCCUGGAGAAGGAAAACGCCGUCCUGCGCCAGGAAGUGGCCAACAUCCGCCAGGAACUUACCCGCUACCGCAGCAUCCUCUCCAAGUAUGAAUCGCAGCACGGCACCUUGUAGAACCCACGGCAGGGAUGCUGCGCUCUUCUCCACACUGCCCCGCCACCUUGGUGAUGGGGCCACCCUGGUUUUUCAACCCUGAUCCCCGUCUUCCCGAACCGGGCAAACAAAUAAUCAAACAACAGAUGUUUGGAACGAGGGGAAAGGUCCAAGGUGGGCGAUGCCCACAUGCAGGACUACCGUGGUCCAGGUGCACCGCAGAAAGGACAAGACUUCCUGGGUUGGCAUGUGCUGACCCUCGCCAAGACAAAAGGGCAGUGACUUCGAGACGUUGAACUGGGCAUUGUAGGCACACAGAACACACUGCGCACACACAAGGGCUCUGUAGCACGCUGGAAGACGUAUUGCACGCACACACACAGACACUACACACACAGACACACACCGAGUGUGGUCCGUUGGCAGACUUUUCUAUCUGAAGAGCAGAUUUCAGUCCCAGACUGCCAGGUCUGCUCACCUUUGCUUGUCAUUUUGUGGCAUUUGGCUUGAUGGCGUGGCGUGACCCAGGAGGCGUCAGGCGUGUCAGGAUGCCUGGGUUCUCUCUCUUUCUCUUUCUCGACAGCAGGUGCAUCUUUUUCAGCAGAGGUUUUGCACACCAUUCAUUCCUCGUUUCUCCCGUUGACUCUUUGAUCGGUUAGGGAGGAAGGACAUGAAAGGCAGCCAGCUACAGAAGUGGAUAUGGAACUUGGGGUGUUCUGGGCUGCUGUCUCAUACCACAGGCAUUAAACCACUAUGUGCCCCUCUCCCCUUCACAAGAGAACCCAGGAGUCCUGGCACCCUGAAAGGGGGACAUCAAGACAUUUUCUUCCUUUUGACACCAGUAAACAUUGUCAGUUUUCUUCUGCCUACGAAAUGCCAAAUUAAACAAACAAAAACGGGUUUUCCACAAUUGAAUGAAAAGGGGCUUUUUGUCAGAGGGCAGGUAUAGGGGUUCUUAGUUUAAUUAUUAUGAUUAUUUUAUGAUGAUGAUGAUGAUGAUGAUGUACCUAUUUUUAGUUAAAAAGACAAGUGAUGGUUUCUGUUCCCCCUUCCCCCCCCCCGGCCAUCCUCCUGUUUUGUGUCCAGCCCUGUCUGAUGUUGUCAUAUGUAUAGAAACUAAAACAAAACACAAAACCUCAUUGGUGACCCUCCAUAAAUAUGAACAUAUAUAUAAAUAUAUAUAUAUAAUUUUCUUUUUUUGUAAAACAAACAAACAAAAGACUAUAUAUAGAGAGACUCCAGGAGAGACUUGAGAGAUUAAACUAUGUUCUUCUAUUGUG